ACGAGCCCCAUGAAAGUUGUUGGCCUGGGGCUUGCAGUGAGGAGCCGCCAGCCCGCUUCUCCCCCUAGUGCCGUUUUUCCCCGCUCCAGCCUUUGAAGAUGCCGCGCAACCCGCUGCUGCUGCUGCUCGCCUUGUGCCUGGGGACAGGGGUGCAAAGCUCGCAACCCAAGACGGGCAAAACCCGGAGGCAAAGUCAACAGAUAGUCCAGCCGCAGGUCCCGAGCAGCCAGAAUAAACAGGGCUGUUAUGAUAAUGGGAGAUAUUAUCAGAUAAGCCAACAAUGGGAACGCAUAUACCUGGGAAACAUGCUCAUCUGUACCUGCUAUGGGGGAAGCAGAGGCUUUAACUGCGAAAGCAAGCCUGAACCUGAAGAAACUUGCUUUGACAAAUACACUGGAUCUACCUAUCGGGUAGGGGAGACUUAUGAGCGCCCCAAAGACUCCAUGAUCUGGGAUUGUACCUGCAUCGGGGCUGGACGUGGGCGAAUUAGCUGCACCAUUGCAAAUCGGUGCCAUGAAGGGGGUCAGUCCUAUAAGAUUGGCGAUACCUGGCGUAGACCACACGAGACGGGUGGCUACAUGUUAGAGUGUGUGUGUCUGGGCAACGGGAAAGGGGAAUGGACCUGCAAACCUCUAGCUGAGAGAUGCUACGAUAACACUGCCGGGACAUCCUAUGUUGUUGGAGAGACCUGGGAGAAGCCCUACCAAGGCUGGAUGAUGGUGGACUGCACUUGCUUAGGCGAAGGCAAUGGACAUAUCACCUGUACCUCCAGGAAUAGGUGCAAUGAUCAGGAUACCAAGACUUCAUACAGAAUUGGAGAUACCUGGAGCAAGAAGGAUAACCGAGGAAACCUGCUUCAGUGCAUCUGCACUGGUAACGGCAGAGGCGAGUGGAAAUGUGAAAGGCAUUCAUCUGUGCAAACUCCUGGCAUUGGAUCUGGAUCCUCAACCUUCACAGAUGUACGAACUGCACUUUACCAGCCUCAGCCCCAGCCUCAGCCGUACGGUCACUGUGUUACUGACAGUGGGGUGGUGUACUCUGUUGGGAUGCAGUGGCUCAAGACACAGGGCAGCCAACAGAUGCUUUGUACUUGCCUGGGCAAUGGUGUCAGCUGCCAGGAGACAGCUGUGACCCAAACCUAUGGUGGCAAUUCUAAUGGGGAACCAUGUGUUCUGCCAUUCACCUAUGGUGGGAGGACUUUCUAUUCUUGCACCACGGAAGGUCGUUCGGAUGGACACUUCUGGUGCAGCACAACCUCCAACUUCGAACAGGACAACAGAUACUCCUUUUGUACUGAACAAAAUGUUCUGGUCCAAACCCGGGGUGGCAACUCCAAUGGUGCCUUGUGCCACUUCCCCUUCCUGUAUAACAACCACAAUUACACUGAUUGUACUUCUGAGGGACGGAAAGACAACAUGAAGUGGUGCGGAACCACCCAGAACUACGAUGCUGAACAGAAGUUUGGCUUCUGCCCUAUGGCUGCCCAUGAGGAAAUCUGCACAACCAAUGAAGGUGUCAUGUACCGUGUUGGAGACCAGUGGGACAAACAGCACGACAUGGGCCAUAUGAUGAGAUGCACUUGCGCCGGAAAUGGCCGUGGCGAAUGGACCUGCAUUGCAUACUCCCAGCUUAGAGACCAGUGUAUCGUUGAUGACAUCACCUAUGAUGUUAACCAGACAUUCCACAAGCGUCAUGAAGAAGGACACAUGCUGAACUGCACAUGCUUUGGCCAGGGUCGUGGGAGAUGGAAAUGUGAUCCUGUCGACCAGUGCCAGGAUUCGGAAUCCCGGACCUUUUAUCAAAUUGGGGAUUCGUGGGAGAAGUAUGUUCAUGGUGUUAGAUACCAGUGCUAUUGCUACGGCCGGGGUAUUGGAGAGUGGCAUUGUCAGCCUCUGCAGACCUAUCCAGGUGCCACUGGUCCUGUGCAAGUGAUUAUCACUGAGAGUGCAAGUCAUCCCAACUCCCAUCCUAUCCAGUGGAAUGCACCCGAAUCCUCUCACAUUUCCAAGUAUAUUCUCCGAUGGAAACCGAAACACCAGAGAGUGCCGUGGAAAGAAGCCACCAUCCCAGGUCACUUGAACUCCCACACUAUCUCCGGCCUGAAACCUGGGGUGUUGUAUGAAGGGCAGCUCAUCAGCGUGCAGCAAUAUGGACAUAGAGAGGUCACCCGCUUUGAUUUUACCACCACUAGUACUACACCUAUUUCUAGUAACACCCUUUCAGGAGAGACAACUCCCCUUUCUCCUGUGGUUGCUACCUCUGAAUCGGUCACAGAAAUUACAGCAAGUAGUUUUGUAGUCUCCUGGGUUUCCGCCUCUGACACUGUCUCAGGAUUCCGCGUUGAGUAUGAACUUAGCGAGGAGGGAGAUGAGCCGCAGUAUCUUGAUCUCCCGAGCACAGCCACCUCCGUUAACAUCCCAGACUUGCUACCUGGACGUAAGUACAUCGUCAACGUCUAUCAGAUCUCAGAAGAAGGAGAACAGAAUCUGAUCCUGUCUACUUCCCAGACAACAGCACCUGAUGCACCUCCCAAACAUAACGUGGAUAAAGUUGAUGACACUUCAAUUGUCGUUAGCUGGAGCAGACCACAAGCUCCCAUCACAGGCUACCGAAUUGUCUAUACCCCAUCAGUGGAAGGUAGCAGCACAGAGCUCAACUUGCCUGACACAGCUACCUCUGUGACUCUCAGUGACUUAAUGCCUGGGGUUCAGUAUAACAUCACUAUCUAUGCAGUGGAAGAAAAUCAAGAGAGUACUCCCGUCUUUAUCCAGCAGGAAACCACGGGCAUCCCAUCCAAAGAUGAUGUUCCUUCACCCACGGACCUACAGUUUGUGGAAGUCACCGAUAUCAAAAUCACCAUCAUAUGGACCCCCCCAUCGAGCACAGUGUCUGGCUAUCGGGUGGAAGUCAUCCCGGUUAACCGCCCUGGUGUACAUGGACAGAAACUGCCUACUACCAGGAAUUACUUUGCUGAGGUCACUGACCUUUUACCUGGAACGACCUAUAACUUCAAGGUCUUCGCAGUGCUCCAAGGCCGGGAGAGCAAGCCAUUGACCGGAGAGCAAACGACUAAACUUGAUGCUCCCACCAACCUCAGGUUUGACAACAUUACUGAGUCUGCAGUGUUCGUGGCCUGGACUCCACCACGUGCUCCGAUCACAGGAUACCAACUGACUGCAGGUCCCACAAGAGGAGGCCAGCGAAAGGAGUACACCGUGGGGCCAUCUGCCACCAAAUACGCACUGAGGAACCUGCAGCCUGGGUCCGAGUACACUGUCUACCUUGUGGCGGUGAAAGGCAACCAGCAAAGCAGCAGAGAAACUUCAGUCUUCACUACUUUGCAGCCCAUGGGUUCCAUCCCUCCCUAUAACACAGAAGUGACAGAAACUUCUAUUGUUGUUACCUGGACACCUGCGCCAAGGAUUGGUUUCAAGCUGGGUGUGCGACCAAGUCAAGGUGGAGAAGCCCCACGGGAGGUGAUUUCUGAAUCUGGUAGCAUUGUUAUCUCUGGCCUGACUCCUGGAGUGGAGUAUGUCUACAGCAUUUCAGUCCUGACGGACGGUCAGGACAGAGAGACGCCGAUCAUCAAAAGAGUAACUACACCAUUAUCCCCACCGACUAACCUGCAUCUGGAGCCUAACCCUGACACUGGAAUCUUGACGGUCUCCUGGGAUAGAAGCACAAGUCCAGGCAUCACUGGGUACAGAGUUACCACUGUUCCUACCAGUGGGCAGCAGGGUUACACCCUGGAGGAAGUGGUCAGUGCAGAGCAGAAUUCCUGCAUCUUUGAAAAUCUGAGCCCUGGCCUGGAGUACAACGUCAGUGUUUAUUCUGUCAAGGACAACAAGGAAAGCGUCCCCAUCUCCAAAACCAUCACACAAGAGGUGCCCCAGCUCACUGACCUAAGCUUUGUUGACAUAACUGAUACAAGCAUCGGCCUGAGGUGGACCCCGCUAAAUGCCUCCACCAUUAUUGGUUACCGCAUCACGGUAGUCGCGGCAGGAGAAAGUGUCCCUAUUUUUGAAGAUUUUGUGGACUCCUCAGUAAGAUACUACACAGUCACAGGCCUGGAGCCGGGCAUUGAUUACGACAUCAGCGUAAUCACACUCAUUAAUGGCGGAGAGAGCGCCCCUACCACUCUGACACAGCAAACGGCUGUUCCGGCUCCAACUGAUCUGCGCUUCACCAACGUGGGGCCAGAUGCUAUGCGUGUGACCUGGACUCCUCCAGUAUCCAUUGAACUGACCAGUUUCCUGGUGCGUUACUCACCUGUGAAGAAAGAGGAAGAUGUUGCUGAGCUGACCAUUUCACCCUCCAACAACAUGGUGGUUUUAACAAGUCUCCUGCCUGGCACUGAAUAUCUGGUGAGCGUCUACAGCGUCUAUGAGCAGCAUGAGAGCACCCCUCUGACUGGUGUGCAGAAAACAGGUCUUGAUUCUCCCACCAGCAUUGACUUUUCGGAUACAACUGCCAACUCUUUCACUGUGCACUGGAUUGCUCCUCGUGCCACUAUCACCGGCUACAAAAUUCGCCACCAUCUGGAACACAGCGGCACCAGGCCCAGGGAAGACCGUGUCCCACCUUCUCGGAAUUCCAUCACCCUCACUAACCUGGCUCCAGGGUCAGAGUACGUGGUCAGCAUUAUUGCUGUCAACGGCAGAGAGGAGAGCUUGCCCUUGGUUGGCCAGCAAACUACAGUUUCCGACGUUCCAAGGGACCUGGACGUUACUGCCACUAGCCCCACCAGCCUGGUGAUUUCCUGGGAUGCUCCUGCAGUUACUGUUCGAUACUAUAGGAUAACCUAUGGUGAAACAGGUGGCAGUAGCCCUGUCCUGGAGUUUACCGUGCCUGGCACCGUGUCCACUGCCACCAUCAACGACCUGAAGCCCGCAGCAGACUAUACCAUCACCGUGUACGCAGUGACAGGCCGUGGAGACAGCCCCGCCAGCAGCAAGCCAGUCACGGUCACGUACAAAACAGAGAUUGACACACCAUCCCAGAUGCAAGUGACCGAUGUUCAGGAUAGCAGCAUCAGUGUCAGAUGGCUGCCUUCAACUUCUCCGGUCACGGGUUACCGAGUGACAAGCGUCCCCAAGGAUGGCCAUGGGCCCAUGAAAACGAAAACUGUCCCUGCGGAUCAAACCCAAACUACCAUCGAGGGCCUGCAGCCCACAGUCGAGUACGUGGUUAGUGUCUAUGCUCAGAAUCAAAACGGAGAGAGCCUCCCUCUGGUUGAGACCGCCGUUACCAACAUUGACCGCCCUAAAGGACUGACAUUCACUGAGGUGGAUGUCGAUUCCAUCAAAAUUGCUUGGGAAAGCCCCCAGGGGCAAGUCACCAGCUAUAGGGUGACCUACUCAAGCCCUGAGGAUGGAAUCCAUGAGCUAGUGCCCGCCCCCGACGGUGAAGACGACACUGCCGAGCUGCAUGGCCUCAGGCCCGGUUCUGAGUACACUGUCAGCAUCGUUGCCUUGCACAAUGACCUGGAGAGCCAGCCCCUGAUCGGGACCCAGUCCACAGCGAUUCCUCCUCCAACAAACCUGCAGUUUGUUCAGGUAACUCCAACCAGCCUGAAAGUCAACUGGAACGCGCCCAACGUUCGUCUCACUGGCUACAGGGUGCGAGUGAAUCCCAAGGAAAAGACGGGGCCGAUGAAAGAAAUCAACCUCGCCCCAGACAGCACAUUUGCUGUUGUGUCGGGAUUAAUGGUGGCAACCAAGUAUGAAGUCAGUGUGUAUGCUCUGAAGGACUCUCUGACUAGCCAGCCAGCCCAUGGUGUGGUCACCACCCUCGAGAAUAUCAGCCCUCCCCGCAGAGCCCGUGUGACAGAUGUUACCGAGACAACCGUCACAAUCACCUGGCGCACCAAGACAGAAACUAUCACCGGUUUCCAGGUUGAAGCCAUCCCAGCAGAUAGCCAGAGCCCCAUUCAACGGACCAUUAGCCCUGAUGUUAGAUCCUCCACCAUCACCGGCUUGCAACCAGGCACGGACUAUAAGAUCUACCUUUACACCGUGAACGAGAAUGCCCGCAGUUCCCCUGUAGUGAUUGAUGCUUCCACCGCCAUCGAUGCUCCUUCCAAUCUGCGCUUCCUCACAACCACAAGCAACUCCCUGCUGAUUGCUUGGCAGCCGCCCCGUGCCCGGGUCACGGGCUACAUCCUCAGAUAUGAGAGACCUGGCACACAGCCCAAGGAGCUGAUCCCUCGCCCCCACGCCGGCACCACGGAGGCCACUCUUACCGGUCUGGAGCCAGGAACCGAAUACACCAUCUACAUCAUUGCUGUGAAGAACAAUCAGAGGAGCGAGCCAUUGGUUGGCAGGAAAAAGACAGAUGAGCUCCCGCAGCUGGUAACCCUGCCGCACCCCAACCAAGGCGGACCGGAGAUUCUGGACGUACCUUCGACUGUGGAGAGGACUGGAAAUGGUAUCCAACUUCCAGGCACCAGUGGCCAGCAAACACUAGUGAACCAGGGACAGCAAGUCUUCUUUGAGGAACAUGGUUUUAGAAGGACCACCGCUCCCACCACAGCAACUCCCAUUAGGCACCGGCCGAGACUGCAGACACCAGAUGUGGACGAAGAAAUCAACCUCAGUAACAGGUACCCAGUCCCGAGAGUGGACUCGGUUGAGCAGUCAUUCCCUCACUUACCAGGGUCCAGGCGCAAUGACACCACAGGCCAGGAAGCUCUUUCUCAGACAACCAUCUCUUGGAGGCCCCUGCUGGAGAGCUCUGAAUACGUCAUCUCUUGCCAACCAGUCGGCACCGACGAACAGCCUUUACAGUUCAGAGUUCCUGGAACUUCCUCUUCUGCUACCCUGACCGGCCUUACUAGAGGUGCCACCUACAACAUCAUCGUGGAGGCACUGAAAGAUCGUAGGAGACACAAAGUUCUGGAGGAGGUUGUCACAGUGGGCAAUGCUGUGUCUGAAGGAGUGAACCAGCCAACCGACGACACGUGUUAUGAUACUUACACUGGCUCCUUCUACUCCAUUGGAGAGGAAUGGGAGCGAUUGUCUGAAACGGGCUUUAAACUCUGGUGCCAGUGCUUAGGCUUUGGCAGUGGUCAUUUCAGAUGUGAUUCAUCUAAAUGGUGCCACGACAACGGGGUGAACUACAAGAUCGGGGAGAAGUGGGACCGCCAGGGCGAGGGCGGCCAGAUGAUGAGCUGCACGUGUCUUGGCAACGGAAAGGGAGAAUUCAAGUGUGACCCGCACGAGGCAACAUGCUAUGACGAUGGUAAGAUGUACCACGUAGGAGAACAGUGGCAGAAAGAGUACCUUGGUGCCAUCUGCUCCUGUACUUGUUACGGAGGACAGCAGGGCUGGCGCUGUGACAACUGUCGCAGACCUGGUGCUGAGACGGCCCCCGAAGGCGCUGCUGGCCACUCAUACACGCAGUUUUCACAGAGAUACCACCAGAGCACAAAUACUAAUGUCAAUUGCCCAAUUGAGUGCUUCAUGCCCUUAGAUGUACAGGCAGACACACAACAUCGACCAGGAAAGUAACAUUCAGCAAGUCUUACACCAUCAACAACAAAAAUCUAUCCACCAAGAUGACCAUCCAAACGAGUGAUGCUAGCAAAACCAGAUCUUUAAGAAUGGCCUUCUGCUCCGGAGUCACUUUCCCAGCUUAAGCUCAACUCACAGCUUCUCCAAGCAUCAUUCUUGGCGCGUUUCAGACUUUUCUCAUGAUUGAUAGCAGUGUGUAUUGUUUUGUUUUUCUCAGUGUUUGAUACCGUUCAGUAUUUUCAAAUGAAAAAAAGAUACUAAAUUGUGAAUUCGUUGGGGAUCAAAAUAAUACCGGGGCAGGGGGAGUAAAUGGGAUGGAAGGCUCCCUUGCCAUGCCAACAAAAACGACACUACUAACGUUGAGAGGAAGGAAAGUCCACUGAACUCUUAUGCUUUCACCUGAGCGUGCAGCCAGCAAUAACCUAAGUGACUGCAUACCCCAUCACUGUGAUAUUUAAAAUAUGCACAGUCCUAAUUCUUUCUAAAUGAUCCUAUUAUUUUUCUAGCUGUAUCUUUGUAUCUCAUACUGUUAUUUAUCAGUUUUGUUCCCCAUCCCUCAAGUGUUUUUAUAUGGGAAAAAAUGUAUUGAAGAAACUUAGUAUGCAGUUGAUAAAGAGGAAUUUGGUGUAAUUAUGAUUGGUGAUUAUUUUUUAUACUGUAAGUGCCAAAGCUUUACUACUGUGGAAAGACAACUCUUUUAAUAAAAAGAUUUACAAACCAAA